GAGCCAUUGUGACCACACAGCGAGAACGAGCGCGUGGCGAAAGUCGAAGUUCCUUGACGAUAUCCGAGUGAAUAGGCGCGAUCCUCCAGCUAAAUUGCGAUUAGAGCAACACUACGCUGCUGCUGAUUCUAACAGCUCGACGCCUGCCAAGAGCUUUGUACCCUGCAAGGUCUGCGGCGAUAAGGCGAGUGGUUAUCACUACGGGGUGACCAGUUGCGAGGGCUGCAAGGGCUUCUUCAGGAGGAGCAUCCAGAAGCAGAUCGAGUAUCGGUGCCUGAGGGACGGCAAGUGUCUGGUGAUAAGGCUCAACAGGAACCGCUGCCAGUUCUGCAGAUUCAAGAAGUGCCUGGCUGUCGGCAUGUCCAGGGACUCUGUAAGGUACGGCCGCGUGCCGAAGCGAUCCCGCGAACGCGGUCCCGAGGACUCCGUCUCGGCGCCGACGAUGACGAGCACCUCGACGACCACCGCGACAGCGACGACGACGACGGUCACCGCGACUACCACGGCGACCACCACCAUGACGACCAUGGCGAUAACGAGGACGAGCAACGUCCAGCAGAUGCCAAGUGGGGGUCACUCCCAGAUGCAGUCGGCCAUCUCCAGAGUGCAGCCCUCGGUGACCGUCGAAGCCGACCAGUCGGAUGCAGACGCGAAGCACGUGGCGGUGUACGACGUCAUCCUGGCGGUGUCUCAGGCCCACCAUGCCCAUUGCGGGUUCACCGAGGAGUCCACCAGGGGCCUCGACCGGAAGCCGAUGAUAAUACCCCCGGCGAGCCCCGAGGACCCUGAAGCCGCGUCGUCCACGGCGGAGACCGUCGAGUCCCAGAGGAUCUGGCUGUGGCAGCAGCUAGCAGCCAGGGUGACGCCUUCGGUGCAGAGGGUGGUCGAGUUCGCCAAGAGGGUGCCCGGGUUCUGCGACCUCUCGCAGGACGAUCAGCUGAUCCUCAUCAAGGUGGGCUUCUUCGAGAUCUGGCUCUCCCACGUGUCCAGGAUGACCACCGAGUCGUCCAUGACGUUCGAGGACGGCACCUACAUCACCAGGCAGCAGAUGGAGAUCAUGUACGAGCCCGAGUUCGUCACGGCGUUGAUGCAGUUCACUGCGGCCUUGAACGCGCACCAGCUGACGGACGGGGAGCUGGGGCUCUUCUCGGCUGCGGUACUCCUGGGGGAGAGACCAGGCCUGAACGACGUCAAGGCCGUGCAAAGGCUGCAGGACCGCGUGUUGGAGGCCCUCAGGGUGCACGCCAGCUCCAGGAGUCGUUCGUCCGGCGAGCCCAUGUCCACUGGGAGCUCCUCGGGGAUGCCGGGCUUGUCCCGGAGGAUAUCCGAGCUCAGGGCCCUCGGCGUCAGGCAUGCUAGCCUCCUCGACUGGUUCCGGAGGAACUGGACGAAGCUCAAGCUCCCGCCGCUCUUCGCCGAGAUCUUCGACAUCCCGAAGUGCGAGGAGGACCUGCAGUGAGGGGCUCGCUUCCUCCUCGUCUCCGUCUGCCUUGUCUCACUUUCUCGCCCCUCCGAUGUCUAGCUGUGUCGGUCCGACCUCUGCCAGGAAGAUACGGGACCUGGUGAUCGGUAGCGACGAGCAAAGUUGCUCACGGUCCUAUAACCCACGCUUCACAUUCAGGGCUGAUCAACACCUCUUAUCCAUAUUCUUUAAGGGGCUGUCAAAGUGACAUCCGAACCGAUCUACCGAAUCCUUUCAAACUUCCCACCGCGAGUGCGGAAGUUACAAGGAAGAUCCCGACGCCCAUGAAAUCUCAAUUCCCUUACAUACCAAAUUUAAGAAAUGUUCAUAAACAAAUUACAAAAUUGAAAUUUCACGGGUGUAGGGACCUUCCUUACCACCCCCGUGUCCACGUCGUAAAUUUGGAAACGAUUCGGUAUACUCAGUUAGGAGAAGAGUUUCACGAGGCCUCUGACGGCGCUUUUACUUCCCCUUAAACGGCUGGAAGACGUAUUCCUCUGGUAAAAUCGAGGCACGGGGACGCGUCUUGGUCUUGGCCGGUGUUUUGCAGGAAGUUCCUGAAGAUUAUCGAGGAUAUUUUCAGGGGCCAAGAUCGAGAUUUUCGGGCCGUGUACGAUUUCGCUCGUCGCUAGGUGGGAGCGGCGACUCCGCGACCCGCCGAUAUAUCAGCGCGAACGGUGCAUUUAAGCUUACGAUAAAUCUUCUACGAUAUAGCGUACCUACACCUAGGUGCAUGCGCUGCGAAACUCAGUCUAUGCGAUCUAUUUUUAUUACUCGAUGUAGAAUAGCGAAUUACAACCUAGUAUUCGACCGGCCCUCGCGGGUUUUCGCGCGCGGAGCGCCCCUGGGGGACCCUUCGCGUAUUAUCUCGCUAAGACCCCUCCCCGACGUCGCGACGCGGGGACCUCCUUCGCCCUUAGGUCCUUUAGUACGUUUUCGAAAGGAUCCUUCACCUCGUUUGACGUUUACCCGGGCGCGUCGAUCACCGGCCGUGGAUACUUUGCAAUACCGCCGUGGUUGUGAUACUUUGAAGGCAAGAAAGGGGGAAGAGAGAAAAGAAUAUGAAAAAAAUAAAAAUAAGAGGUCUCGCGACGGUCUCGCAGGACGCGAAAUACUGAGUACCUACCGUGAUAUAGAGUGAUAGCGAGUUUAUCGAGAUUAUUAUGAGAUGGGGUAUAUGAGAAAAGGAUUAAUAAUCGCCGAGCGCGACCGAUUCCGGCGAAAACCCGCGCGAGAGGGGAUAUCUGCUCUUCGACCUCCGAACACUAAUAACUUUUUGACAAUGACUAGAAUUAUAACGCGUACUAAUACUGUCCGUCAGUGGAUGAAUUAUCAUUAUUACUAGAGAGAUUAAUGUUAAAUAGCGUUGUACUUAACUAGCGAGUAACGUCAUUAUUACAUGUCCUUACGAAUCUAGGGGUUCGACUCUAAGCGCUCACAUUAAGUUGUGAAUAAACAUAUCAUACUUAUAAUUAAUAUAUUGAAGGAGAAACGAGGA